ACUCCUGAGAGGAAACGUCUGGUCCACGGCGGCAGAGCGCUUGGCUUUGUGAGAGGAAGAAGCGCACGCUUUCCACAAAGGGAGUGUGAUAUCCACCCGCUGGUCUGAAGUAAUUCAGCUUUGAGUUAUUUAACCAUUUAGAUUGCAGAGUGCCGAGAGGGAACUCGUCUGUCUUGUGAUUUAGAGAUGGACCUUGUUUGAACUCGGCUAGCCACUCAUCGCAGUCCUUGAGCGUUACCACUUUUUUCUGACCCUAACCCUCUUGCCAUCAGCAGCCAUGUACAGCAGUGGCUACUCCCAGGUCUCCAAGUCCAGGCCGCAGGCCCAAAAGAAGAUGCAGUACCAGUCAAAGGGCAAGAGUUGCGGCUACUACAUGCGCAUUGUCUUCUUCUUCUCUUCGCUCAUCCAGUCUCUUAUCAUCGUUAGCCUUGUGCUCUUCCUGGUCUACGGUCAGUCGCAAGACUCAGCGUCCACGUCACGCAUCCACGACCUGGAGGAAAGCUUCAGCCGGCUGUCAAUAGAAAACGUGGCCCUGAGGCAGCAGAGGAAGAACCUGACCAACCUACUCAACACCACCCUGACUGAGAAAGCCCGCAAUGACUGGGACUUGGCCAAACUCCGCUACUUCUCCAACAUCUCAUCGAUCCUUAUCCAAGAUAUGGACAAGAAGCUGCAACAGUCCUUCACUAAGAUGCUCCUUUGCGAGGCCGCAGGAGGUUUGGCAGCCCGUUGCCCAACCGCAUUUCUACUUUCAGACAAAUGUAACUGUGGCACGAUGACUGAGCGGCUGAAAGCAGGGCGUGCUCUUGUGGAGUCCAACUUCACACAAACAGCCCAGAGGAUGAGGAUGGAAAUGGACCAGACGACCAAAGACAGGGACAGCAUCAACUUGGAGGUCAUCCGUCUGCGGAGGGACAAAUCCACACAUGAAAAGGAGGUGGAGUUCUUCAAACAGAAAUGCAAAGAUGACUUUUCCCAGUCCUUGAGUGGCAUCUCCAACGUCUCCAAGGCUUUCCUCGAGAAGAUCAAUUCCCUCUUCCCUUCACACAUCGCCUUCCAGCUCACCUGUCCCAAGCAGAGGGACCACCUGGAGCAGAUCCGCACCAAUUGCACCAGCUUGUCCAUGGAAGUGGAGGACAAAUUGCAGCGUUACCUGAACGUUGUGGGAGAACAGGUGUCAGGCAUCCAGGCUGAGAACAGCCGCACGAAGGCAGAGAACUGGCGGCUGUCUGAGGACGACCGCUGGUGCAACAAGAACCGCACGGGCCUGAUUCAGCAGCACAGAGAGAAAGUCAACAAGCUCCAGGGGAAACACGAUGAGGACAAGGAGAGACUCCUGAUGGACAAGAUGAAGCUACAUGGAGAGAUAGAAGUCCUUAACAACAAUGUCAAGUAUAAAAGUAAAGCAAUGGAUCACCUUAAAGAGCAAAUCAAGCAGCUCAACAUGACCUGCUUGCCUAAGACAGGGCUCGCUGGAUUGCCAGGAUUGCUAGGACGCUCGGCAGGUACACAGUCUCUAAUUGGGCGGGUCUUGGGUGGAUCCAGCUCUUCCUCAUCCAUCUCUUCUAGUGGGGGUCAGCUUGGUGGUGCAGGGGCAGUCACCAUUGCUCAGCACCUCAAAGAUCUGCAACGGAUCAUCAACCCGUCUGGCCCAGAGGAGAAACAAGACCUCUCCAGAAUGUUGGGUUAGCACAUCUUGACGAGAGAAAACACAACAUAGAAGAGAUGUAUCUUCCAAUGCAUUAUUAAGCGUAGCUAAAGGCAAGCUCCUAAUAUUGAGUUCACACAUUAUAUAGAAAUAAAUGUACCAUAUAUGUGACAUUAUUUGUGACCGUUUAUACUUCGAUAUGCAUUUAGAACAGUACUUUGAAUAAUGUUUGCACUUUUUUAUGAAAAAUGUGAAUUCUGUGUUCAUUUAGUAUCUACACAGUAAUAAUAAGCGCAUAUUGUAUUUUUAAACUGUAAAUACAGAAAUAUAAAAGCUUUGUUUGAAUGUAAGUAAAUUAAUUGAACCUGCCUCGUCUUUGUAAACAAAACUAUUUAAGAUGCGAAUUAUCCAAAGCAGAGCCGGAAGCCACAGUUUGUUCACAUGUGCGUCACCUAUUGUGUAGCUAAUUAUCUAUAAAUGACUCGGCCGCUCCUGUAAUGUUU